AUGACAACCAAUUUAUCCAAAGAAGAUAUACUGAAAGAACUUGAUGAAACCAUUAAAACAGAUUCAAAUGUUAAAAUUAGUAUUACUAUCAGUCAAUCAUUAGAAUAUCUUGAUGUUACUAUUGAAAAUAAUAAUGGACAUUUAAAAAUAUCUAUUUAUCAUAAAUCAGCUUCAGAACCUUAUAUUUUACCUUAUGAAUCUGAUCACCCAACACACGUUCAUGCGAAUAUAAUUUAUACUGCAUUUGUGCAAGCUGCACGUAGCUGUUCCAAUAUGGAAGAUUUUGAUAUGGAACGAUUAAGUACAGAAAUGAUAUUACUAGUUAAAGGUUAUCCACCAAAAUUUAUACAACAUCAUAUAAAAAAAAUCUUUGUUAAAUAUGAUUCUAUGAGUGUAUGGACUGAAUAA